AUGAUGAAAAGUAGGAGUUAUCAGAAUCUAAUGGAUAAUAAGAGAAAACCUAGACCUUUGAGUCAAUCGUUAUCGAUCAACAACUUACAUGGAUUUUCGUUGAAAGCCAAAAGUAAAGCUACACCAGUGGUGACAUCUACGAAUAAUAUAAGAUCAACAACUUUAAAAUCCACAAAUUCAUUAACUACAAACUCAAGAUCCACAAAACCAACAUCCACAAAUACAUCAACAACCACAAAUACAAAAUUCACAAAUACAUCAACAACCACAAAUACAAAAUCCACAAAUACAUCAACAACCACAAAACCAGCUACCUCAAAUACAUCAACAAAAUCAAUGAUAAUUCCUUCUAAAUCAAUUUCAACUGAUUCUAAAGACAUCACAGUUAAAUCUUCAAAUGUCAAAUCUUCAAAUGUUACCUUACGUUCAAGUGUUUCAUCCAGAGAGGUUUCCAGCUCAAAGAAAGAAGAAAAGAGAAAGAAGAGAUUCUCUAUAAUAUCUUUCAUCCAACCUGAUAGUGACUCAAGUCCAGAAUCAAUUAUGGACAACAAGAUGGAUAUCGACCUUCAACCUAUUGAAAUGGAUGAUGAUACUUCGAUUGAAUCAGAAUACGACAUAUCUAUUGAACUGAAAAAGAGAACUUCGAACUUAUCCAAUAUCAUGGAAUUCAUUGAUCUUAUCAAUUAUGGAGACGUGAAGAGAAAACUGAUCAAACUUGAAUCUUCCAUCAUAGAAGAGUUCAAUCAAGGCGAUUACAAAGUUCAACCAGUGUCCAAUAUGCUUUUGUUUGGCUAUGAACAUCAACCAUCAACUUUAGAUUUGGAUGAUAUAAAUUAUUGGGACGAUGAAAUAUAA